AUGUCUGAUGACAGAAAGGUUGUCGUUGUAACGGGAGGCGCAAGCGGCAUAGGACUGGCCGCCGUCCGUUCCUUCGCCGAACAAGGGGCUCAUGUAUGCAUACUGGACGUCAGCCAGCAAGGUGCCAGUAUUGUUAAGGGCCUCGCGUCAGAAUACUCUCAGGCUUCAUUCUCGUUCCACAACGCCGACAUUACAGAUUGGGAUGCGCUAGCUCAGACUUUUGAGCAGAUAUACGUUGAGCAAGGGCGCAUCUGUAUGGUCUACGCCAAUGCAGGUAUUUCGCAAGAGGUUCCAUUCACGAUUCUUGAGGAGAAACCAUCUAAGCCACAAUUGCCAACUUUGGAAAUUAACUUGAUAGGGACAAUCUAUAGUAUGCCGCAGAUUCACCUUUCUAGGGUUGUCCAAAAGCUAAUGUCACUGGUAGCCGUGAAACUCGCGACUCACUAUCUCAUGAAGAAUGAGAUAGUCAAUAGCGCGAAGGCGCCAACCAGAGGCUCCAUCUUGAUAACAGCUUCAAUCGCAGCCCUGUAUCCGUUCCCAAUUGCCCCAAUCUACGCCGCAACGAAGCAUGGUGUGGUCGGAUUGGUGAGGUCACUCGCGCCGCAUCUCGAAAAAGUCGCGAUUCAAAUCAAUGCUGUGGCACCGGCAUUCAUAAAAACGAAUCUUGCGGCGGAUGGGUUGCAAAGUGUCGUGUUCAAGAAAGUCGUCUUGACCCCAAUGUCAACCCUGACUAGAGGAGUGCAGCAGCUGGUUUCGAAUCCCUCAUUCUCUGGGCAGCUAGCUGUGGUUCAUGGGGACAACGUGACGAUGAGUUUUCCGCCAGCGUUUGUAGACGAGGAUACUGAGAAUAACAUCGAAACUCUUUGGAAGUUGGGCAUUGGGGCAGCCAGUACUUAG